AAUAUCGUUAACAAUGGAUCUAGAGAAUCUAAUAAGAAAUAAAAAAUCAGGUUUGAAAUCGUGUAAAACUAUAGUGACGAAUAUGCUUGGCGAACGAUAUGAGGAAGGUGAAGGAGAAAAAAAGAAAUUGGCAUCUGUAACACCAUUUGUUGUAGAUAAUAAGCCUGAUUUACAGGUUGCACAUAUAAUUCCAGGAUUGUUUCUAAGCUCACAAGAUCCAGUUGUAAAUUUUGACAUUUUACAAGAACAUAGUAUUCGUAAUAUUUUGAGUAUUGGUAUUGAUACACCAGUGAAGUUUGACAGUAUCAAGUAUUAUCACUGUGACUUGUUAGAUUUACCGGAGUCUGAUAUAUCCGAAUCAAUAAAAAAAUGCAUAAAAAUCAUAGGAGAAAAUCGCGGUGAAAAUAUUCUUAUACAUUGCAAUGCUGGUGUAUCUCGUUCGCCAACAAUCGUUAUUUCUUACUUGAUGAUUUCCGAAGGAUUGUCCUUUGACCAUGCUUAUAAUAAAGUGAGAGCUGUUAGAAAUUGUAUCAAGCCAAACGAGGGAUUUAUUCGGCAAUUACAAACAUUACACGUACCACAUAAUAUCGACGGUAAAAAAUGAAUAUGUAAAUACUUGAAUUAUUUUAAUGCUUACAUCAGAAAGUGCUAAACAAAAAACAACCAUUGUUUUAACAGUAGAUUUCAUGUACUAUGACAUUAUAUGUACAGAGAAUAUUAUUUUGUAAUUUAUUAGGCAAGCUACAAUUUGUACACAGCCAAAUUAUUAGUAUCCCAUACAAGGGUCACGUCAUAUACAACAUCAGUAAGGAAAGAGGGAAACAGCGUGGCGCGUACUUUUCUAUAUUCUUCGU